AUGAUCUUGCCAUCGGCUUCAUGCGGCUCGAUGCCGAUGCUGGAGGACCUGGCGGCGUUUUGCGAUGUUCCUUGCAGGAACGAGAAGGAGCAGCAGAAACAGACUGAAGAGUUCGUAGCCACGGGUGAACAAAGCGUUGGCCCAAAGAGGAAAUCCCUCGAGGCCGACAAGCCAAAACAGACCUUGACUGCCACCGCCGAACCACAGGUGCGAAAGCGGAGUCUCUUCUCCGACAGCGACGAUUCGGAUUCAGGCAAGUCCGAUUUCCCGCGCGACACCAAAAGGCAGGAGGACCAGGAGCUGAACGAAUCCAACGACUGCGAUCCCUGUCCGCCCAAGAAACCGAAACAAUCCUUGAUCGCCGAACCACAGGUGCGAAAGCAUAGCCUCUUCGACAGCGACGAUUCGGAUUCGGGCAAGUUCGAUUCCCCGCGCGACACCGAAAGCGACGAUUCGGACAAGUCCAAUUCCCCGCGCGACACCGAAAGGCAGGAGAAACGGAACGAAUCCAGCGAUCCCCGUGCGCCCAAGAAGCCGAAACAGACCUUGACUGCGACCGCCGAACCACAGGUCCGAAAGCGGAACCUUUUCUCCGACAGCGACGAUUCGGAUUCGGGCAAGUCCGAUUCCCCGCUCGACACUGUAGGGUUUCAUCUCUGCUUCUGA